AUGACUGACAUAGAUAAUCCAAAUAGAUAUACAUUCCCAAAAAUCAAACCUUUUGAAAACUUAUAUAGAGAUUUAAAAGAUGAAGAUAUACCUAAAAUAGACAAUGCUAAUUUCAUUAUAGAUGCUAUAUCAUUAAAAAAUUAGGAGUUUUAAUUUAAAAUAAAAAGAAAAGAUACAUCUGAAACAAUUUUUAACAGCUAAUAAAGCUUUGUUUUUUCAGAUAAGUAUUUAGAGUUUACCACUGUUCUGCCAAGCUAAAAUCUUUUUGGAAUAGGGGAGAGAAACAAUCCCAAUCUUAAAAUAAAGGAAGGUAUAUAUACUUUAUUUGCAAGAGAUGAUGUAGGUAUUAUAGAAGAUGGAUAAUAACCUCCAAAAAAUGUAUAUAGUUCACAUCCUAUGUAUUUAGUUAGAGAAAAAUCAGGAAAUUUCAAUCUCGUAUUUUUUAAAAACUCUUCUCCAAUAGAUAUUAAAGUUGAAAAAAAUUAAAUCUAAUUUAGAGCUGUUGGAGGAAUUCUUCAUUUCAAAAUUUUUAUGUGUGAAAAAAAUGCUGAAUAAUGUAUUUAAUAAUAUCAUAAUUAUUUAGGAGGAGGACAUAUUUUACCACCUUUUUGGGCUUUUGGGUUUCAUUAAUCAAGAUGGGGAUACUCUACUAGUGAUAAAUUGAUAUAAGUAAUAAAAUAAUAUAGAAGACAUGGCAUUCCAUUGGAUUCAAUUUGGUCAGAUAUUGAUUUUAUGAUAAAUAAAUAGACUUUUUCAGUUAAUUUUCAUUUAUUUUCAAAAGAGUUUUUCUAAAAUUUCCAUGAAAAAUAUAAUAUUAAUUAUAUUCCAAUAGUAGAUGUUGCUGUAGGUGUACAUCCUUUUGCAGGAGAUAAUGCAUUAAAAAAAGGAAUUGAAAUGGAUAUUUUUUGUAAAUCUCCUUAAACAGGAAAAUACUUUAAAGGAUAUGUAUGGCCUGGCGAUUCUUAUUUCCCUGAUUUUUUACAUCCAAAUAGUUCUGUAUAUUGGUAACAAAUGAUGGAAGAACUACAUUCAAAAGUUAAUUUUAGUGGAAUUUGGAUAGAUAUGAAUGAACCAGCUAACUUUUGUAAUGGAGAAUGUACAUGGAUAGAUUUUAAUUAACAAUAAAGUAAUAAAGUAAUAUAUAUUAAAUAAAAUUUAAUUAAAAUAAAAAUAGAUGAUCCAGAAUAUAUAAAUUAAAAAUAUGAAAUUCCUUACUAAAUAGGAGGUUAUAAUUAUGAUUUGAAUUUGAAAACAUUACCAUAUCAUUUAUUACAUUAUGGUAAAUAUGAACAUAAAGAUGUUCAUAAUAUAUAUGGACUUUUAGAUAAUCAUCAUACAUAUAAUACAUUGAUAGCUGAUAAAAUAAAAAAGAUUUAUCCUUUUAUAUUGACAAGAAGUUCUUUUCCAGGAAGUGGUAAAUAUGCAUUUAAAUGGACUGGAGAUAAUUUAUCUGAUUGGAAUUUUUUACGUAUAUCUAUAGUAAGUAUUGUAAAUUUAGGCUUAUAUGGAAUGCCAUUCGCUGGUGCUGAUGUAUGCGGUUUUAUGGGAAAUACAUAAAAAGAAUUAUGUUAAAGAUGGAUCUAAUUGUCUAGUUUGUAACCUUUUAUGAGGAAUCAUAACCAUGAUUAGGCUAAAGAAUAAGAGUUUUAUAAUUUAGGAUAAUAAGUAGAAAAUACAGCAAUUAAAAAUUUGAAACUUCGUUAUUAAAUUUUGAAACAUUAUUUUAUGCUUUUUGUUAAAACAAAUCAUGUUGGUACUGUUUAUAGACCUCUUUUCUUUGAAUUUCCGGAUGAUCCUUAUUGCUAUAAAGACUAAAUACUUAAUUAUUAAUUCAUGCUUGGUAAAGAACUUUUAUCAACUCCUGUUUUGUUCGAAAAUACUUAAGAAGUAUAAGCUUAUUUCCCUUAAGGAUAAUGGUUUGAUUUCUAUACUGGAAAUAAAAUUACCAAAGAUAGAUAAACUGGAUAAUUUGUUACAAUUAUUAAUGGACUUGAAGAUUUUGUCCCUUUGUUUGUUAGAGAAGGAUCUUUAAUAGGGAUAUAAAGCUCUCAUAAUGUAUAAACAGUAAAAGAUUUAGAUAAUAAAUUCAAACUUAUUUGUGCUUUGUCUUAAACAUCGGAAAAGAAUAAAUAUUAAUGUGAAGGAAAUUUAUUAAACUUAUAGAACUUUAAUGAUGAGAUUGAAAUAAGGGAUUCUUGUGAUAAGUAAUUUAACCCUAAUUCUAAUUGUAUAAUUGAUAUAAAAGUUAUAGUAAACACUUAAGAUAAAUCUAUUAAUUUUAGUAGUUAUAUUGAAAAUAAUUAAUUAAAAUCAAUAAUAAUAAAUUCUAUUUCUAUAUAUGAUUUCCCUGAUAAAAUAUUAGAUAAUACUGAUAAUGAAAAUGUUUUAUUUUCUGAAUAUAAUUAUAGCUAUAAUAUCAAUUUAAUAUUUAAAAAAGUUAUUAAUUUAUCAUAGUCGAAUAAAAUUUUGAUAAAUUACUGA